AUGGGGGUGGCCAAAGCCAUUCGGCGCUUCAGCGGGAGCGGCGGGGUGGGCGAGCUCCGAGAAGAGGAGUCGGUGGAGUCCCCCACCAGCUGCCACAACGGCAGGCCUGUCCCCGUCCGGCAGCGCAGCCGUUUCGUGAAGAAGGACGGCCACUGCAACGUGCAGUUUGUCAACAUGAGCGAGAAGGGCCAGCGGUACCUCACCGACCUCUUCACCACCUGCGUGGACAUCCGCUGGCGCUGGAUGUUCGUUAUCUUCUGCCUCUCUUUUGUGCUCUCCUGGCUUCUCUUUGGCUUCACCUUCUGGCUCAUUGCUGUGCUGCACGGGGACCUUGCGCCUGAGCAGCCGCCAGACUCAAAGUCCUGCUUCUCCGAGGUCACCAGCUUCAUGGCCGCCUUCCUCUUCUCCUUGGAGACGCAGACGUCCAUCGGGUAUGGCUUCCGCAGCAUCACUGAGGAGUGCCCGUCUGCCGUCCUGGCUGUGGUUUUGCAAUGCAUACUGGGAUGCAUCAUCGAUGCCUUCAUCAUUGGUGCAAUCAUGGCCAAGAUUGCCAAGCCGAAGAAGCGCAACGAGACCCUUGUCUUUAGCGAGACCGCUGUGGUGGCCAUGCGCGACGGGAAGCUCUGUCUCAUGUGGCGUGUGGCCAACCUGCGCAAGAGCCACCUGGUGGAGGCCCACGUCCGGGCACAGCUGCUGCAGCCCCGUGUGACCCCCGAGGGCGAGUACAUCCCCCUCGACCACAACGAUGUCAACGUGGGCUUCGACAGCGGCACAGACCGCAUCUUUCUGGUGUCUCCAGUGACAAUCGUGCACGAGAUUGAUGCUGAAAGCCCCCUGUAUGAGUACGGUCCUGAAGAGCUGGCCGAGGCAGACUUUGAACUGGUGGUCAUCUUAGAAGGUAUGGUGGAAGCCACGGCCAUGACCACACAGUGCCGUAGUUCCUACUUGCCCAGUGAGCUGCGCUGGGGACACCGCUUCGAGCCCGUACUCUUCGAGCGACGUGGCCACUAUGAGGUUGACUACCAGCACUUUCACCGUACAUAUGAGGUGCCCGGAACCCCAGCCUGCAGCGCUAAGGAGCUCAGCCAUCGCAAGUACAGGGCGCCCCCUGCAGGAGCCACUGCUGCGCGUGCCUCUUUCUGCUAUGAGAACGAGGUGGCACUCAGCUGCUGCCGUGAGGAAGAGGAGGAAGAGGAAAGGCAGGGAAGCCGGCGGGUGAGCCUGGAGAAUGAAACGGCCACCACCACGUGA